CACAUAACAAAUGUGAAGCAAAAGCCUGCCUUUAAAUAAUCCGUCGAUAAUCACCUUCAGGCCAAAAAUUACCCACAGACAUUUACUGACCAGCACUAGCACUGAACACGUUUCAUCAACAUUUAUGAUCCAACAAAAAGGAAAAUUAGGGCAUUUAAUGGAGUUACAGUGACGAGAUAAAGCUUUCUUUCACUCAGUCUGACAGCUGGAACGAGUUUAACCUGCAACCUGAUAAGAGUUGAAACACGACAAGCGCAUGUAGGCUGGUGUUUCACUCUUUUAAACCCAAUUUGCUGCAAUGUUUGCACGGCAGCAUUUAACAAGCCACAUGACGCAAAGUGAUUCUGUUCAAUAAAUGCUGAAUUAUAUCCAAUAUAAGCAGUGCUCUUUAACAGUUUGACCAUAAUUACGCCCAAUUAUCACUGCUUUAUAGAAUGAUUCAUCUCUGAGCGAGGCUAAUUAAAUUAAAGUCCCACGGCGGCGUGUGAAAAGCAGACACCCUGCUGCAGCGCGUGUUGUUCUGCCCUCUGCAUGGGUAAGACUACACGCUAGGUUGAGCACCAAAUUGGGUAACUGUCCAGCAACAGCACCUGCUGGAAAUGAUCAUCCCGAGCUGGAGAGAGACCGGGACUGCUUUGAUAACAAACAUUUUGGCCGGCAAUCGAUCCAAGACUGGACUUUUGGACUUAAAAUGCCAACUGUGAAAGACAAGGCAAAAGAAUAUCCAACUGUGAAGGACCUGCAGAAGGUUUUGGACGCUUGUAAGCUACACCUCCACCAAAUUGAUGAAGUAUGGCCAAAUAUAUACGUAGGAAAUGUAGUGAAGGUAGCACAAGAUAUGCCCAGAGGCCUCGGCAGCAUGGCGAGCCCCGAGGUGCAAGCGGGCAGCUAUGAGACCCCCACAGCUUCUGAACUACACAGACUGAUGUGGACAAAGAAAGGGGGGAACAACCGUAUGGACGAAGUUUACCCCCGGAUCUAUAUAGGAGACAUGUAUGCAGCGAAAGACAAGAGGACACUCCAGGCUCACCACAUCACCCAUGUCCUCAAUGCCGCUGAUGGAAAAUACAACGUGAACGGACCAAGCUUUUACAGGGACACCGCCAUCACUUAUUAUGGAGUGGAAGCUUUUGACAUGCCGUCCUUUGACUUGAGUCCCUUCUUUCGCCCAGCGGCCAAUUUUAUCAAGAAUGCUCUGAGUCUGCCCACAGGUAAGGUUUUUGUCCACUGCGCAAUGGGACUCAGCCGCUCCUCCACCUUGGUUCUGGCCUAUUUAAUGAUCCACGAGAACAUGACCCUGGUGGACGCCAUCAAAGCCGUCAGCGCCAACAGGAACGUUUCACCCAACGAGGGAUUCCUGGAGCAGCUCCGACGUCUGGACACAAAGCUGCACUGUCAUUAGGCAGCUGAACCAUCAGAGUGGAUUUAGUUGAGCUUAAUUAAAUUGUGGCCUCUUGCUGAUAUGAAGCUGCUAUAACGACAAACACUAUGUAAAUCAUGUUGUUGGAUUGUCUUUGUGAAACAUAUUCCAUCUGCGAUACAAACAAAAGCUAAUAAUAGCUUAAAAAAUGUUAUGACCUCGGACAUGUAGCCAUUACAAACUGAGGUGCAGUUGGUCUUUGAUUCAGAAUCAUUCAGAGGAACAAAAACAACCGAGUAGAAACAUAACCCAUACAACGUUGCAAGGCACAACUAUUUAUUUGACUAAUUUGAAAGAAAACUGACUGAAAAUCAAAACAAAUUUAUGGAUGGAUGGAUGGCUGUCCCCAUGAAAAGUAUUUAAUUGAAUGUAAACUAAAUAAUACUAAUUCUACAAUAAUAAUAAAAAAUUCCUUAUAUAUUUUAGAGUGACAUUUCAAGAGGACAAAGCAAUUAACAACCUAUAUGUGUAGCCAAGUAAAGCAGGAGAUGCAGAAAUAUUUAAAUCCCGCAGUGGUUCAUUUUACACUUGCUGGUUCUCCGUCAACUCAAAUUCAGAGAACAACAUGGCCAGUAAAGGGCAAAUUUCAUCAUAUGUUGUUGCCAGAAACCGUAGGAUUCUUGAGUGCGCUAGAAUAAAUAUUUCACCACGAGGUUGCAAAUCGCUUUUCCAAAGCAGAUAAGUGAAUUUCAACAAACAUUUCUGUAAAAGUGAGGAUUUUUAUAUGCAGGCGUGCAUCAACUGCAUCACAACAGAUGAAGCGUUGACAGGUCGCCAAACGAUGCAAAGGGUCUCCGGCGCCAACCCAUCUGAACUGUCUUUACAAAAUAGAUUCUGACAUGGCCGCAAGUUGGACAGUGAAAGACAGGCGAGAACCAGCUGAUGUGGGAUCUCAGGUCCCUCAGUGGCUCGGGUCCACCAUCAACCCAACUCAUGCACUUCAUUGGAGAGGUGAAGGACCAUUUAUGAUACAACUCAAAAGAUUGUGACCUAUGACUGAGCUGAGCAAAGUUGGAUGAGACUAGUAGAGUCCAGCAGUCAUUGGUUGUCCGACCUACAGGGACAAAAAGACUAACUGGACCAGGUAGAAGCACCACAGUUCUCCUCAGAACAGCUAACAUUCAGCCUCAUUGUUUACCUCACCUAUCUUUGUUUUUUUUUUGUGGAAUGUUCAAAUUACUUGCAAAAAAAAAGUGUGUAUUCUUAUUUAUUUAUUGGGUUUAUCUAAAAUAUUCAAAUGAAAUGCAGUUUGGGAAGCUGAAAAAUUUUUGGCGCAAUGCUAUGUGACAAUAUUGGCCGGGAUUGAGCCAAUCCAGGGGCAGCACUCAUUUUCCUUGGCACUGAUUGGCUGUACCCCAAAGAGUGGGAUUAAGGAAAACUGUGGGUGUUAGCUUCUGCAGUAGUGCCAAAACGGUUCCCAUUGUGUUUAUAAAUGCAUAUUGAGGUAUAUUUGAUGUCUGAACUUAUAAAACAGGUAAUAAUACACAUUUUCAGAGGGAGCCUCAUCAAGUAUUUGUAGCUUUUAGCAGUUUGUUGUCCAUAAAUCCUGCAAUUACCAGGGUCCUCUAUAAAUGAUUAGAGUUCUUGGGGAAAUGCUAAGAAGUCCCAACUUAUUGACUUGGAGUUGGAAGUGGAAAACGAACUGCCCAGUGAACCAUACUUGGCAAGCAGAGCAAGCUGAAGCAAAUGCAAGGUUAAGGCAGUCGUUGCUGGCAGUCAUUAAUCUAUUACCAGAAGCUUUCUAACCAAAACUGUUAAUUAGAUGAAUUGCUGUUUAUUGCAAUGACAGCCAGGAUAGAGUGAGUAUUUCUACUUUCACAACACUUGGGGAAAGUGUUGUGAAAGAAAACAGGUCAAGAGGGCAAAUUGUGAUUUUCAGCUCCUUCCAUUUACUGAAGCUACAUUUUAUGCUGCCACUGAACAUCCGACUAUAAUAAAGUAUUCUGAUGGCUUUCUGAAUUAUAAUUACUGUCACAAGCUGUCAUUCGCCACUGUGGAGAAUGACAGGCAGACUGGCCUUGCUGCAUUGUCCAUCUGUUCGGUUUCCAAGCUGUUGCUUCCCAGAUAAAGUUUCACCUUACAUUUUCCUCAUCGGUGGACAAAUCACGGCAUACACUUUCAUCAAAUGAGUUUACAAUAAAGCUGGAAACGUUAAUAUCAGUAUUGGAUUCCUGGGAGGAAUCUGUGUUAAUUCUGGUCAUGGACGUAGUUCUGAGGAGAAAGUUGGACUUUAUCUACUCAUCUUCAGAAGGUUGAAACUCAUUUAUAUUUCAAAAUGUUUGAAGGAAUGUUUUGGGUUGGAAUACAAAUGAAAUUUUUAAAUCUAGGUUGUAACUUUUAAAACUAAAGUGUGCAAUAAAGGCCCCUUUAAUUGCUAA